AUAAUCAAUCGACUAUUAUUAGUAUUUGACAUUUACGAUUUAUGUCCCAACCCUAGGAAGAUGUAUUCGCCGGCUCGAGUUUUCGGCAAAAUUAUUUUGCCACUUAGCCAGAGAGGUCUUUUUAUACCCCGUUUUUAUUCGUUGGUGAAAAUGUCUACACCAGCCCAGUGGUCAACCGAAAAGGAACGAAUAAUGGCAUUGCCAUUAGAUGAAAAGAGGAAGUUGUAUAAAUUACCUGAUUAUAUUAAUUUGGAUAAAAUUGACCCAUGGAGCAAGUACUUUGUUAACUAUAGAGGUAUUUCGAACAAAAAGCCUACCGGAGAUGAUAUUGCGGGAUUUAAGAUCACUAUUGAUGCUGCAAGGAACAAGGAGUUGGCUGAAAAGGUCUCUUUAUAUAGAGGCGACAUAACUAAAUUGGAGAUUGAUGCUAUAGUGAAUGCAGCAAAUUCGAUGUUGAAGGCUGGAGGUGGUGUGGAUGGAGCCAUACACAGGGCUGCUGGACCUCGACUUCAGGAAGAGUGUUUCACACUUGGAGGAUGUCCCACCGGAGAUGCCAAAGUGUCUGGAGGAUACAAUCUACCAGCGAAAUAUAUUAUACACACCGUGGGCCCUCAAGACGGUUCGGCGUCAAAGCUCCAAUCUUGUUAUGAAAAAUGUCUCUCAUACCAACAACAAUACAAUCUAAAAUCGAUUGCGUUUCCCUGCAUCUCCACUGGGAUUUAUGGUUUUCCCAACCGUUUGGCGGCACACAUCGCCUUAGGCACUGCCAGGAAGUUUCUAGAAUCUAACUCUGGUCUGGAAAGGAUCAUAUUUUGCACUUUUUUGCAAAUCGAUGUUGAUAUUUAUGAGACUUUGAUGCAAUUGUAUUUCCCAUUGGAGGAUGGCGUUACCCCCUCUCUGUAAAAACAACGUAGUGAUCUGAUCACGUUUAUAAUAUUGUUUUUUUUAUUGUGAUAUUUUGAAGACUUAUGGCUCAAUAAAGCUUGUUUACUUUGGAA